AUGAAGUCCUUUUCCAGUUCGGCCAUUAAUAAGUCGGGCAAGAAGUUUGCCCCCAAGGCGCCCGCUCGCCGUCCUCCAGCCUCCGCUCCCCCCAGAAGACCUAGUGUAGCCUCCCAGCCAUCUGCCUCUCAGACUCCCCAACCGCCGACAGAGACAGCAACUCCCGAACCCGGUCCACACGCCCCCGCUGUUCAGGCCUCCGUUCCUACUGCACCUUCAAUCCCGGAGGAGCCAGCAGUCUCUCCUAAGGAGAAUGUCGUCGUACCUCAGUCUGCGACAGCCAUUCCAAUCCCCCGUCCCAAGCGCAAGGCUUCGGUGUCUGCAGUCUCCCCGGGAACCAUAGAACAGAUCUCAACCUUUCCUCAUCCUACCCCGCCUACACCUACCGCGCCAGAACCCCAAGUUGAGCAGACACAGGCGACUGUGAGCGAUACUGCGGCUGCUGUUCCCGAGACACAGAUAUCCCGCCCCGAUAAUGACGCGACAGUGAUUCGUCCAUCCAAACGUCCCAAGACCACCGGAGAAUCCAUCGCCAUCACCACCGAUGCUGUCUCCACCGUUUCCGCUCCUUCUGCUGCUGCUGCUCCUCAUCCUGCUACGACUACGCGCACCACCGAAUCAAUUGCGAUAGACGCCAACCCCCAACUUGUUACUCCUCCAGCAACGCAGGCGGCACUCACUGAUAGCGAAGGGACAACAGAUGCGCGCCCUAGAACUGACUCGCAGGUUACUGUUGCCGAACAAGGUCGAAAGCCAACGAGGACUAGACGGAAAUCAGUGAAGGAUGUCAAUGGGGAAAAUGCGACAAAGAAGAAGGAAAGAAAGCCUCGAACACGCAAGAAGCGCGAGCCAACCCCCGAAGGCGCCGAAUCUGUCGAGAUCGCCCCCGCAAUGGUCAAGAUGUCGGAGCUGUGCAAGGAUUUGCGCACGGGUAAAAUGUCCAAGCGUGAGACUGAGCUGCGCAACAUGGAACAGGCUGAGCAGGAGCGUAAGCAAAAAGCCCAGCAGGAAGGCGAUACUGAGGCACCGGUGAAACAGAAUGUGAACGACGCGUCUCCCGCGGGCGACCAGGAUGAGAACCCAGACAACAAGGCCCAAGCUGGACCAGUGAUGAGGAUUGUUAACGGAGAGAUUGUGCUCGACACUGCUUCAUUGCAGGUGGAUCGCCAUGCCGACGCCGCGAGGAACGCUGGGGACCUCGAGGAUGUUAUCGAAAACUCGUUUACUCGAAAAAUCAACCAGGCAACAUAUGGAAAACGAUCCAAGACCGAAUCCUGGGACGAGGAGAUGACCGAUCUUUUUUAUCGGGGCUUGCGCAUGUUUGGUACGGAUUUCAUGAUGAUCAGCAAGUUGUUCCCGGGCCGUUCCCGGCGCCAGAUCAAGCUCAAGUUCAACAACGAAGAACGUCGUGACCCCCAGCGGAUUAAAGAAACACUGUUGGGCCCGCGGGAGACCAUUGACAUCAGUACCUACUCGGAGAUGACCAACACUGUCUAUGAUGACCCCAGGUUGAUUCAACAAGAGUUGGACGAGGAGCGGAAGCGGAUUGAGGCUCAGCACGCUAAAGAGAAGGAAGCGCAGGAAGAGAUGCUUCGUAAUCCUGACGGUGCGGCUGGUGGUGCCGACGGCACUCCAGCCAACGACAUGCCUGUCAAAGCGAAGCGGAACAACAGGAAACAAGCCAUGAAGGCCAUGGCCGGUGGCACGGAAGAAGUUUUGGGCACCAUUGAUGAUAUACCUUGA